AUGGUAGAUUUUGGCUUAUCAUCACAAGCAUCAUUAAUGAUAUCUGUUAUUGUUAUCAUAGCGAUCAUCGUAUUUUGCUCUCAUUUUGAUUACAUUCAUCGGAAGAAGCAAUUUGCUACAUUUUCCAUUCUUAUAACAAUCAUUUUAUUUGGUAAUUUUAUGCGAAUAACAUUCGGUCAACCUACCACAAUCAGUGAUAAGACUGGUCGUUCAGCGAUAAAUGGUCAUCAAUUACCAUUUAAUAUUCUCGUUGUCUUACCGGAAAGUGAAUCAAGCAAUGAUAAUUUUGGAAUUACAAUGCCAAAAGCACGGCCAGUAAUUGAUAUCAGUGUGAUGGAUGCAAUCCGAUCUGGGAAGAUAGGUGCGGAUUAUUUGAAUUUCACAUAUCAUGAUUCGAAAUUUUCGGAAAAUGCAAAUUUAGCUGAACGUUUCGCAACCCUUGGUGUUGUAACGGCAUACUGUUCAAAUCGUUUGGAUGCAAUUCUUGGAUUUGCUGAUAGCUAUAGUUUAGCAACAACAUCAAAGAUUACUGCUGCAUUUGGACAUGGUAUACCGGUAAUUACAACAGCCGGAAUGGUAUCAAAUCUUGGCGAUCGGCAAACAUAUCCAUUUCUUACACGAAUACAAGGUAGCUAUCGACAAAUGGCCGAUAGUAUGUAUAAAUUAAUUGCAUAUCGAGAAGAAUUUGAAAAAGGUGCAUCAAUAGGAAGAAGAAAAGAUGAACGAAAAUCAACCGAUACAACGGGAUUGCAUAGCAGUUUACGUGAUCGUUUACCGGUUCAAGAAUCACACUUAUCAUUGGGUUAUCAGAAUUUGGUGCUAAUGUAUCACGAUAAACGUCGAGCUAUUAAUCGACCAAGAUUAGCAAAUGGUGAAGUAAUGGCUGUGGAAAGUGUUUCUAGCCAUUGUUAUUUUACGCUCUAUGCUAUCAAAAAUUUUUUCACCGAAAAAAGUGCUUAUUUCAAGGAAG